UUGAAAAGUUCCCGAGAAGCAGUGAUUCCUGUUUUCCGUGGCCAGUUUUGGCUCGAAGUGUGUGAGGCCGUGUGUGAUUGUGGCAUUCUUUAGCCUGUGUCGUGCUCGUGUGUUCCACCCAAGAAUAAGGUGAAUCACUUCAGUGGUGGGAAAGCUGUGGUUUUUCGAUCCGAGAAGCAAAGCCACGAGCCCAUCGCAUGACCGACAGCUAGGAAAAGCCCGUCCACAGCCGCCACAUCCGCGCACUUCUUCUAUCCCUUUGUUUGAAAAUUUCGAGAAUUUCACAACAGGACGCCGCAAGCGGUCAGUUAGCCCUGCUGUCGGGCACUGACCAUAACCAUCGGCAUCUUUUGGUACUGACAGACACCAACGCGAAACCGCCCUGGUGACGGCCCUUAAAACGGCUUCAGUUAACCCCAUAAAAGGCUGCCUCUUUGUUUGUGUGAAGGCUGCUUUCGAUUCUCACCACGCUCGCUACCCUUCUGCCACUUGUGUAAAACAUUCCAUUCGGGUGUUGUAUUUAAAUUAACAAGUAUCGUAUAAACCAAAACCAAAAACGCAAGAUGAAGUUCCUCGAGAAUGAAUCGGACAAAAUCGAGAUCGUCGAGGGAGCGGUCGACGUACCGGCCAUCAUCGACGCCAUGGUCGAUCAGCUGCCCACCGAGCAACCGUUCUACGUGAUGGACAUCGGGGACAUUGUGCGCAAGCACCAGCAGUGGAUCGAGAAGAUGCCGCGCGUCGUGCCGCACUACGCGGUCAAGUGCAACGAUAACGACAUCGUGUGUGCCACACUGGCAGCCCUCGGCGCCUCGUUCGACUGUGCGUCGAAGGGUGAGAUUUCAAAAAUCCUAUCGCUCGGUGUCGCCCCGGAGCGGAUCAUCUUCGCGAACCCGAUGAAACCGGCCUCGCACCUUCGCUACGCGAACAGCAACGCGGUCAAGACAAUGACCUACGACAGCGAUACCGAGCUGCACAAGAUCAAGCAGUUCUGUCCGGAUGCCAAAUUGGUCAUCCGCAUUCGCUGCGAGGCUGAGAAGGCCCAAUGUCCGCUGGGCAAGAAGUUUGGCUGCGAUCCAGUUGAGGAGGCACCGAGGCUGAUCAAGAUCGCACGCAGCCUCGGUCUGGAGGUGGUGGGCGUUAGCUUCCACGUCGGAUCGGGCUGUGCCGAUUUCCCCAUCUACUACAAGGCAAUCUCGUACGCACGCGACCUGUUCGACUAUGGCGCCCAGCUCGGCUAUACGUUCAAUCUGCUGGACAUUGGUGGUGGCUUCCCGGGCGACACCGGCACCUCGAUCGACGAGGUGUCGAUGAUCGUCAACGCGGCACUCGAUACGUUCUUCCCGGACAAGGCGGUUCGCGUCAUCUCCGAACCGGGCCGGUACUACGUGUCGUCGGCGUUCACUCUCGUCACGAACGUGCAAUCGAAGCGCGUUUGUCUGAACGCCAGAACGGGCACCAUCGAUCGGAUGAUGUACUACCUCAACGACGGGGUGUACGCGUCUUUCAACUGCAUCCUGUACGAUCAUCAGAUCCCCAAGCCGAAGCUGAUCGGCGGUCAGGGCGGUAAGCUCUACGACACUACGAUCUGGGGACCGACUUGCGAUGCGCUUGAUCAGCUGAUCGAAACAAUCGCCAUGCCCGAGCUGCAGAUCGAUGAUUGGGUUGUGUUCGAGAACAUGGGUGCAUACACCAUUCCGGUGGCCAGCCCAUUCAAUGGCUUCGAACUGCCCAAAAUCUACGCCUACAUCAGUAAGGAAAGUUGGAAAAUGUUGGAGACACUGUUCCCACUGCAAAAUGAAUGUUCUCUCAGCGGCAACUACGCCGAACGCUUGCGCAGCAACUUUGAAACGGUGGCCUGUGCUUGAAAUAGCUUCCCAUGGAGACAUGUUCAUCGCGAGCCGGCAUCGGUGGCCAUCCGGCUAGCCACUCAUCGUCACGGUGUCUCAUUUUAUUAUUUGAUAAUAACAUUCAACUACAAAGAUUACAACCUUACCUCUUAUGUUAACGCUCUUUACAACGUUGUUUUCCAUGCAAUACAAAGACAUACUUCAAUAAACGAAGAGGCAGCCUUUUACAGCCUUGUAAAAACAAAUGAUUUUUCAUUGUCU